AUGAACCGUCUGUGGUGCUCGCUCUCCCAAAUCCUCCGCCGUUGCAGAGCGCCGGCCGCCCCGCAGCGCCUGCUUCACUGGUGUUCUUCUUCUGUCCCCCGUGUCACGCCUGCUCUACUCCGUCACCCAGCGUCGACUGUGCUUCGUUGGCAGUUCUGUUGGUACCACGACCCUCGGAAGGUCGCUGCGGCGGCGGCGAUCAGCUUGAGCGCCGCGGUGAUGGCCACAUGCGACCGCGAGGUCGUGCCCUGCACCAACCGCUCCCACCUGGUCGUCCUAUCUCCCCAGAAGGAGCGCGACCUCGGCGAGUCCCUCUUCGCCGAGGAGAUGGCCAAGCACAGGCAUAAGACAGUCGACCCAUGCCAUUCGGACAGCGUCCGCGUCCGUCUUAUCGCCGAGAGAAUCAUCCACGCCGCCAACCGUGGCCUGGGAGUCUACGACAACCGCGACGCCCCCAUGCUCCGCGUCACUCGGAAAGGAAACAAGCCGUGGGCACCGCAGCCACACACGAGGCACCUCCAUGGGCUCAACGGCAGCUGGGAGCUGGUCCUGGCCAGGCAUGAUAACGCCACUGUAGGCUCCGCACCCGGUGGCAAGAUUAUAGUCUUCACCGGACUGCUGGACUGGUAUAAGACCGACGGUGAGAUCGCCUUCGCUCUUGCACAUGAGGUUGGGCACCUGAUUGCAAGGCACCAGGCGGUUAUCAUGAGUAGGCUGUGGUUACCCGCAAUCCUACGUCGGAGCUUCUUACAUCGUAGUAUGGAGAUAGAGGCAGAUCGCAUUGGAACCUUACUGCUUGGUGCUGCUGGUUUCCAUCCACGCAAUGCCCUUGCAUUCAUUGGGAAGGCAACCGAGAUUGUAGGAGAUCAUACUCUACGGAAAGAGAUCCUAGAAGCUGAUCAUCCUCACCCCAAGAGAAGAUUGUGGCAUUUAUCAGAUACCAAUACAUUGGAGGAAGCGCUGGAACUGUACAGAGAAGCUACUACCAUGGAUAAAGUAACUCAAAAAUAUUUCGUCAACCCUACCAUGUAA